CAACAGUGGGUGUGUGUGUGUGUGUGUGUGUGUGUGUGUGUGUGUCCAGUUGCCCCUCCCCAGGAUCUGUGUCCUACGUGUGUGUGUUUCGUACCGCCGCUCUUUGUCCUGUCGGAGAAGAACAUCGAAUUUUUCUUCCUUCUCCUUCUCUUUUUACUCCUACACGCCUCAUCCUCUCCCUCCUCCUCCUCCAAGUCGAACUUCUUCGCCGACUUGAUACCUGCGUGACACUUCUUCGUCGUCAACGCAUCGAACAGAAGACGGGUUUUUUUUGUACAAAACCUACUUCCUCUCUUUUUGUUCGUUUUUGGGCGACCACUAGUUCCCCCGCCAUCGCUUAAAAAAAACACAAGCAACCCCGCCAUCACCACCCAAAAACCAUCGUCAUCAUGGUUUCCUCAUCCAAGGAGAAGAGACUCGCCAAGAAGGCCGCCGGAGGCAAGGUCGACAAGAAGAAGGCCUCCAACGGCGACGAUGGCCCCGCCACCGGUGCCGAUAAGAUGGACGAGGUGAGCCGUCUCGCCGCCCAGAUGGACCAGCACGGCAUCUCGGACCGUGUCACCACCGGUGUCCUGGCUUCUACCCAGGCCAGCAAGGACGUCAAGAUCACCAGUGCCAGCUUGGUGUUCCACGGCCGUGUCCUCUUCAACGACACCACCCUCGAGCUCUCGUACGGUCGCCGCUACGGUCUCCUGGGAGAGAACGGUUGCGGAAAGUCGACCCUUCUCAAGGCUAUCGAUGCGCGCGAGUUCCCCAUCCCCGAGCACAUCGAUAUCUACCUUUUGAACGAGGGUGCUCCUCCCACCGAGCUCGGUGCCCUUGAGUGGGUCGUUACCGAGGCUGAGCGUGAGAUGGACCGUCUGGACAAGCUGGCCGAGAAGAUCCUUGAAGAGGAUGGCCCCGAGAGCCCUAUCCUGAUGGACCUGUACGAGCACAUGGAGAAGAUGGACCCCGCGACCUUCGCCACCCGCGCCUCGCUCAUCCUGACGGGUCUGGGUUUCAACAAGGUCACCAUUCACAAGAAGACCAAGGACAUGUCCGGUGGAUGGAGAAUGCGUGUCGCUCUCGCCAAGGCUCUGUUCGUCAGACCUUCGCUGCUGCUGCUCGACGACCCCACUGCCCAUUUGGAUCUCGAGGCCUGUGUGUGGCUGGAAGAGUACCUCAAGAAGUGGGACCGUACCCUCGUCCUCGUCUCCCACUCCAUGGAUUUCCUCAACGGCGUGUGCACCACCAUGAUCGACAUGCGCUUGAAGCAGCUCCUGUACUACGGUGGUAACUACGACAUCUACAACAGGACUCGCUCCGAGCAGGAGACCAACCAGAUGAAGGCCUACCAGAAGCAGCAGGACGAGAUUGUCCACAUCAAGAAGUUCAUUGCCAGUGCUGGUACCUACGCCAACUUGGUCAGACAGGCAAAGUCCCGUCAGAAGAUUCUCGACAAGAUGGAGGCCGAUGGUUUCAUCCAGCCCGUCAUCCCCGACAAGGUCUUCACCUUCCGUUUCGCCGAUGUCGAGAAGCUCCCCCCUCCUGUCCUGUCUUUCGACAACGUCACCUUCUCCUACUCUGGCGAUGCCAAGGAUGACCUGUACCGCAACAUCGACCUUGGUUUCGACAUGGACUCCCGUACCGCCCUCGUCGGCCCCAACGGUGUCGGCAAGUCCACCCUGCUUCGUCUGAUGACGGGCAAGCUCUCCCCCACCGACGGUUCCGUCACUCGCCACACCCACUUGAAGCUUGGCCUGUACUCCCAGCACAGCGCCGAGCAGCUCGACCUGACAAAGUCCGCUCUCGACUUCGUCCGUGAGAAGUACUCAGAGAAGUCCCAGGACUACCAGUACUGGCGCCAGCAGCUUGGCCGCUACGGUCUGACCGGUGAGGCCCAGACCUCGCUGAUCGGCACCCUGUCCGAUGGACAGAAGUCCCGUAUCGUCUUCGCCCUGCUCGCCAUUGAGAGCCCCAACAUGCUCCUGCUCGACGAGCCCACCAACGGUCUGGAUAUCCCCACCAUUGACUCCUUGGCCGAUGCCAUCAACGCCUUCAGCGGUGGUGUUAUUGUCGUGUCCCACGACUUCAGACUUUUGGACAAGAUUGCCAAGCAAAUUCUGGUGUGCGAGAACAAGACGAUCAGGGCCUGGGACGGCUCGAUCGGCGAGUACAAGAACUACCUCCGCAAGAAGAUGAUCACGGCCGGUGCCGUUUAAGGCAAACGCGACGACUCACUUGGUUUUCUGAUGCAUCCUUCUUCAGCGUAUGUGGUUUCUUCUUUUUCCUCGGGCGGGGAAAGGAAAAAAACAACGAGAACACAACAAAAAGUGUUGUUCAUGACUUGAAUGAAAAAGAGUGCCGCCAUGACCGUCACGACCCAGGCCGGGUUGGCUGCUGCGGAAACGGGAACCCCUCGAAGGAGGAGCGGAAAAAAUUGGGAAGAAGAGAAACGAGCGGCAACGGGACGGCAUUCAUCAAGGGACAUUUUUUUCAGCAUCCACCAAGGCGGCUGCUGGCACGGCAUGGGAUAGAUAGAUAUCUACAGCUGCGACACUUUUCCCCCUUUUCUCUUUUUUGUUUUUUACCCAUCGUCUUUGUGUAGAUGACGAGGACAAUAGAGGCCACGAGCCAUUGAUUCGAAUAUUAGAUGCGGUGUGUGUUCUUUUUGGUGUUGCUUUCCUGCGAUGCGCUGCAUAGAUGC